CCUCGCUUUUCUUUUCCCUUCCUCAAUGCCUGAAGCGUUCGAUUGGGAAGCCCUUAACAAGUUUUUUCCACCAUCGCCCACCCGGAAAUCACCUCACAGAUCCAUGAAGCGUUCGGCUCCUGAAUCGCCCUCGCAAAAACGCGCUCGUCUCCUCACUUCAACUGCGCUUAAUGAUAACGAUGAUCCGUUUGCGGCGGAAUCCACCUGCACCAACAACAAUAACGGCUCAAUUAACAACCUAAGAGAUCACGUUGAAUUGGCAUCGUCGCGACUCUUGGCACAUAUUUCAGAGCAAUCAGUUCCAGCACAACUUUAUGGCCUCGACCAAGAAUAUGAAAAACUGCACGAUCUGCUCAAUCAAACCGUGGGCAUGGGUGAAAGUAACUCGUGUCUUAUGAUCGGAAAUCGAGGUACGGGUAAGACCAUGCUCGUUCGUCGUGUACUGGACGACCUUGCGCGAGAAUAUAACCGAGGCGAUCAAGAAGGUUUCUGUGUAAUCAAACUCAAUGGCUUGAUCCAGUCGACCGAUCGACUUGCCCUGAACGAAAUCGCCAGACAGUUAUUCGAUCGCCAACAAAUAGGUCAGCAAGAGCAGCAGCAGCAGUCGCGUCGCUUUGCGUCCUUUGCCGAAUCAUUUGGAUAUCUGCUGUCAUUAUUAAAAUCAGGCGAUAAAUCGACACUGCCUGUCAUCUUUAUUCUCGACGAGUUUGACUUGUUUGCGCAGCAACCGAAACAAGCGCUUCUGUAUAACUUAUUUGAUGCUGCGCAGAGCGCACAAAAUCCAAUGGCGGUUAUUGGGCUUACAUGUAGACUGGACGCGCUUUUACUACUCGAGAAACGCGUCAAAUCGCGAUUCUCUCAUCGACAAAUCUACUUGUUCCCGCCAACGGAAUUCGACGAGUUUAAAGAACUCACAAAAGGCGCACUCCAAUUGCGCACUCUGAUCACGGACACGCCUGGUUAUGGAGCAUAUGCAGAUAAAUUUAAUGCAUCAGUUGAGGAACUUUUCAAAGAUACAAGCAUCAUCGGUAUUAUUCGACGCAUAUUUGACUUGACUAAAGAUAUCCGAAUGUUUUACAAGAUCUGUUUCGAGCCUAUUUCGCAGCUUAGCGAAAAAGAGCCUUAUCUCUCUGUUAAUCAGUUUCAAGAAACUAGCAUCGCACAACGAUCCGAUUCGAAAACAGAAAUCCUUAGAGGCGUGUCAUUACUGGAAUUGAUUCUUAUCGUUUCCAUGAAAAAGCUGCUGGAAAAGGACAUCAACACGUUUAACUUUGAGAUGGUCUAUGACGAGUAUAAAGAUUUUAUGAAUCAGACGCAGGUCCGGGGAGCCGGAUUUGGUGUGCGAUUGUAUAAGCGAGCAGUGGCAUUAAAGGCAUUUGAAAAUCUACAAGGAUUUGAGCUUGUGUGCCCUGUUGAAGAGAUAGCCAAGUGUCCGAAGGAGUAUCGAAUGGCCAAACUUAUGCUCGAACAAAGUCAGGUUACAGAAGCUGUGCUAAAGUACAAAGAUUGCCCAUCCACUAUUAAACGCUGGGUUACUGGUUAACCUCUGCAAACCAAAUUGCAUGUAUAGAUAUUUUUUUUGCUGUGUAAAUAUACCCCAUCAUUCUCAAUCAUUCAUUCAACGAAAAAAAAAAUCCAAUAUUUAGUUGAACCUCCUCUGACACAAUCAAGAAUUGGCA